AUGGCCUGGGGAUCUUCAUCAAAGCCCCUUCCACCACCCCGCUCUGCAUUAAGCAAGCUCCUCCCCCUCCUAAUCUUCCUCAUUGUCCUCGGCGCAUUCGCUUUCGUCGGCUACCAAGUCUACCUUGUCACCCAACAAGUAUCUAAAUCGGCCUCUGACAAGAUGGCCUCCAAGAAUAUGUCUUUCACAAAAGAUGGUCUCAAAGUCGGAGUCAAAGAGUUGAAGAAUGAGAGUUACGUGGAUAAAACUCAAGGGUUUUUGGUUAAGGCUUGGAAUUUAAGUACGUGGCCUGCCUAUCAAUCAAGGCUUGGAUGGAAUAAGGAGAAUGGGAAUGGGAAUGGGAAUGGGAAUGGUGGAAACGUUGAAGCUAGGAAACCUCAAUGUCGUCUAGCUGUGCAGAACAUGGGAUCUGGGGAACGGACGGGGCGUUUCUCGGAUAUUUCGAAUUGCAGUCCCCUUUUCGUCUGCAUUACUGUACAACAAACACACCUUAUGGCUGCUCAGAACCCAGGACGGGAUAUGGGCACGGAUAGGGCAUUCAUGAGCUGA